UCAUGUUCGACGGAAGGCGAGAGGUUCCAAUCCGUGUGGGUUUACCGACCCACCCGCGGUGUAAUUGGUGGCUCGGUCUUCUAACGCGUUCCUGGAGUAAACGUUUGGGCCGAGUCGCUGGGCGAGAGCAGGCUCGGCUCCUCCACACCGCCGGCUAUCCCUGGUCUGCUCUCUCUUCCUGGCGGCGGUGUCAGCAGAAGGGGAGCGCGUCGAUGGGAGUCCAGGGGCUGUGGAAGCUGCUGGAGGGCUCGGGCCGGCAGAUCAGCCCCGAGACGUUGGAGGGGAAGGUGCUUGCCGUGGAUAUUAGCAUUUGGCUAAACCAAGCCCUUAAAGGAGUUCGAGAUCGCCAUGGAAACUCCAUAGAGAAUGCUCAUCUGCUUACUUUGUUUCAUCGGCUCUGCAAACUCUUAUUUUUUCGAAUUCGUCCUAUUUUUGUAUUUGAUGGGGAUGCUCCGCUUUUGAAGAAACAGACUUUGGCAAAGAGAAGGCAGAGAAAGGAUUCCGCAUCCAGUGACUCCAGAAAAACUACAGAGAAGCUCCUGCAGACAUUUUUGAAAAGACAGGCGAUCAAGUCUGCCUUCAAAAGCAAAAGAAAUGAAGCCCUACCCAGUCUUACGCAAGUUCAAAGAAAGGAUGACAUCUACGUUUUGCCACCCUUACAAGAGGAAGAAAAACACAGUUCAGAAGAGGAGGAAGAAAAAGCAUGGCAAGAAAGAAUGGAUCAGAAGCAAGCAUUACAGGAAGAGUUUUUUCAUAAUCCUCAAGCAAUAGAUAUUGAGUCUGAGGACUUCUGCAGCCUGCCCCCCGAAAUAAAGCAUGAAAUCUUGACUGACAUGAAAGAAUUCACCAAGCGAAGAAGAACAUUAUUUGAAGCAAUGCCAGAGGAGUCCAGUGACUUUUCACAAUACCAGCUCAAAGGCCUGCUUAAAAAAAACUAUCUAAACCAGCGCAUAGAAAAUGUCCAAAAGGAAAUGAAUCAGCAGCACUCAGGACAAAUCCAGAAGCAAUAUGAAGAUGAGGGGGGCUUUUUGAAGGAGGUGGAGUCGAGGAGAGUGGUCUCUGAAGACACCUCACACUACAUCUUGAUAAAAGGUACUCAAACUAAGAAAGCUGCGGGCGUGGAUUCAGAGUCUCUGGCUUCUCCCAGCAAAGCGCACAGCGCGCGUUUCGGACUCGUACUCGGCCCGGAGUCGGCUCCCGGUGCGGAUCCAGAACCAGAGGUGCCUCCCUCCCCGAGGACGCUGCAGGCCCUGCAGGCGGCUCUGCUGGGGCGCAGCCCCGGAGUGGAUAAUACUCAAACUAAGAAAGCUGCGGGCGUGGAUUCAGAGUCUCUGGCUUCUCCCAGCAAAGCGCACAGCGCGCGUUUCGGACUCGUACUCGGCCCGGAGUCGGCUCCCGGUGCGGAUCCAGAACCAGAGGUGCCUCCCUCCCCGAGGACGCUGCAGGCCCUGCAGGCGGCUCUGCUGGGGCGCAGCCCCGGAGUGGAGAUCGCCGGCGGGGCGGCCGCUGCGGCUUCUGCCUUCGACGAUGCAGCGCCUGCUCCUGCUCGUGCCGAGGAGCCUGGGAAUUUCCCCCAAAACGCCCAGGAACCGGAGAAAACUCAGCCUGCGGGCCAGCGGUUCAUUUCAGUUCCGGAGUCCUUGGAGCCGGCGGGAACCGACUCGGAGGAGAGCGAGUCUGACUCUGAGGACAGCGAGUCCGACGGGAGUUUCAUUGAAGUGCAGAGUGUGGCCAGUGAUGAUGAACUUCAGCCUGACUCGGACGGAGCUUCCGAACUCCCCCCUGAACAGCAGGAAGAGGAGCCAGGAGGAACUGAGGAGGGAGAACCCACUGAUGAUACCCAGAGCCUCCUGCAUGAUGGCUCGGAAAGCCAGGACUCAGGCAUGGAGCCACAUAAGGAAGCUGCGAGAGAUGAAGAGGACUCGUUCAACGAAUGGCAAGAUAUUGAUUUGGAGGAGCUGGACACCCUGGAGAGUGAACUUUUAGCACAGCAGAAUUCACUGCACGCUCAAAAACAGCAGCAAGAGCGGGUGGCGUCCACUGUCACAGGACAGAUGUUCCUGGAAAGCCAGGAGCUCCUGCGCCUCUUUGGCGUCCCCUACAUCCAGGCACCCAUGGAAGCCGAGGCCCAGUGCGCCAUCCUGGACCUCACCGAUCAGACUUCGGGAACCAUCACUGAUGACAGCGAUAUCUGGCUCUUCGGAGCACGGCAUGUCUACAAGAACUUUUUUAAUAAAAACAAGUUCGUAGAAUAUUACCAAUAUGUGGACUUUCACAACCAAUUAGGGUUGGACCGGAACAAAUUAAUAAAUCUGGCCUACUUGCUUGGCAGUGAUUACACCGAAGGAAUUCCAACUGUAGGUUAUGUAACCGCUAUGGAGAUUCUCAAUGAAUUCCCAGGACGUGGUCUGGACCCCCUUCUGAAAUUCUCAGCGUGGUGGCAGGAAGCUCGGGAGAAUCAGAGGAUAAGACCCAACCCUUACGACACCAAGGUGAAGAAGAAACUGCGCAAGUUGCAGCUCACACCUGGCUUUCCCAACCCCGCGGUGGCAGAUGCAUACCUCAGACCUGUGGUGGACGACUCGAAGAGCUCAUUUCUGUGGGGCACCCCCGACCUUGCCAGAAUUAGAGAGUUUUGUCAGCGGUAUUUCGGCUGGAGCAGGACCAAGACAGACGAGUCUCUGUCACCGGUACUGAAGCAACUGAGUGUUCAGCAGACACAGCUCCGAAUUGAUUCUUUCUUUAGAGCAGCUCAGCAGGAGAAGCGAGAUGCUAAACGCCUUAAGAGCCAGAGAUUAAACAGAGCUGUGACGUGCAUGCUGAGGAAGGACAGGGAAGAAGUGGCCGGUGAGAUGGGAGCCGCUUCUGUUGCUGUGGAGAAAGAGGAGAAAGAGUCUGAGAUCCUUGAUGAAGUAAAAGGAAAAACGCAGAAGAGACGCCUAGCGCAGGAAUCAAAAGAGGUGUCCAGCAUGACAGGAAAGCGGCUUUCGGAAUCCGAACAAGAGAGCAAACGGGGCGGGUUUCUGGGGCACACCUCCCUCUCGGAUUCACCCGAUGCGUCUUCCCGUGACGAUGCCAGGAGCUCAUCUUUGGGGAACUUGCGAAGGAGAGAAAAGGCUGAAGACUCACACAUGAGCUCUCCGGAUUUGCAGGACCCAGGGCCAGAAGUCCCUGUGCAGGGCUGGGAUGUGACCAGCAGCAGCUCUAGUGACAGCGGCGGGGAGAAAGCCGAGGCUGUCCUGGUGACCGCCAGACCUGUGUUUGGGAAGAGAAAGGGGAAACUGAGACACAGAAGAGGAAGAAAAUGGAAAACCUAAUUCAAAAGUACGCAUUCCCUGUGAUGACGUGGAGCAACAUUUUCCGAUGAAUUCUGUUGUGAGGACAUUGUAAGAUAUAUUUGUGCAGUCUUUGUAUUUAGUGUGUGAUAGGAAAAAAAUAGACGCUAAGCUGGACACAGGUUUCACUGUUUUUUUUUUCUGGUAUUUUCUACUUCAUCGAGUAUUUCCUUGCGUUCACAGGGUUUGUCUCAUGCCUUUAUCUUAUAAUGUCUGCUACUUUCUGACCACAUUUAAAAACUAACUUGCAUCGAUUGGCACUCUCAGUACGCAUCCCAUCUGACUCAGACCUGGGCGAGAAGAGAGAGUCUCGUCUUGUCGUCCGCGGUAGUGGCGGUCGGUGCUCCCCACUGCUUGCCAUUUUCCCUCAGGCUAUGCUUAAAUGGAUGGCGGGAGGAGACCUCUGCCGGAGUGUACUUGAAAUAUAUGUUUGCUGUGGCUUUAGCAAAUAAUUAGGAAACCUAAAUGGGGUACAUCAUACUACUUAGCAUUAAAUAUAUGGGAACCUCUGUACCAUAAUAUUUGCUUUUAAGAUACUUCAGUUUUCAGAAGCUGACCUCUGUGUAAAUGGAUUUGGAGGCUCAGGUCUAUAGUUAAGCUAGAAGGAUGUGCAUCCAUUUUAGGGGUGACUCGGGCAGUUCAUUAUUGUUGACACAGGUGUUGCAAUUGCUCCUGCUGAGGCUGCCCAGAAGAGCUACUUUCAAACUACUGGUUGCUUAGAAUUAAGAAAUAUCCAAGGAUGGUACUACCAUACCCUUUGAGCCUGGGGUCUUCUGCCUUCAGAGUUAUGUCAGCUUUUUGUCACUGUGACAAAAUACCUAAGAAAAAUAUACUUAGAGGAGGAGAGAUACAUUUUGACCCAGGGUUUCAGGCAUUUCAGUCCAUGGUUGGCCGGCUCCAUUCCGAUGGGCUUGUGAUGAGACUUCGGUCGGGUGUUAGCCUGUGAUUUGUUGAGAUGGUGUCUUGCCAGUUUCUUAGAGGCCUUCAGAGGAUCUUAUCUCAGUGUAAAGUACUUUUAUCUCAGUAUCAAGAGAGUCUGUGGUAGAGCAAAGCUGUUUACCACAUGGCAGCCAGGAAGUAGAGGAAAAAGCCGGAGAAGAAGUGCUGCGGAACAUAAAAUGACCUUGAAAACUACUGUGCCCAGUGACUUUUCUCAUCUAGUUAGGCCCCACCUCCUACUGGGUCUGCCGAGCCAGGCACUGAACAGUUAAUCUACUUGUUGAAGUUAAGAGCCCUCGCUUCUCAGCCUCUCAGCCAGCAGUGAAGCCUUCAACACAGUGAGCCAAAUGGAUCCCAGCUCCGCUCCUGUUCUCACGGUGCAAAACGCAUGCAGUCCACUCCCAAGAGUUCCCAAAGUCAACAGUUCCAGCAGUUGCUCAAAAGUCUAAAGUCUCCUCUGAGACUCAAGGCAACUCUUAGAUAGGAUCUUAGUCAAAAGGCUGAGAAGCAGUGAGUCCCUGUAAAAAUCAAAAAGCAAGUUAUAGACUUCCAGGACACAAUGGGAUAGGGUGAUCAUUCCCACCCCAGAAGGGAGGAGGAAGGCGUAACAAGGAAGAAUCGGGCCUAGAACAGACCAGAGCCUAGCGAGGCAAGCAUCAAGUCCAUAGCUGUGUGUUCGGCGUCCGGGGCACAUGAUGAUGUGUUGUGGGCUGCCAAGGGCUCGCCUGGCCCCAUCAGAUGUCCUUGCUGGCUGUAGCCCACCCAACCUCUCCUGGGCUGGCUGUGCUCACUGCUGCUUUCCCUAGCAGACAUACCACCUUCUUGGCAUCUCCAACUUCCUGAGGACUUCUUUGCAGCUUUGGUCUCAUUCUCAGCUUCAUGCGCCACCUGCUCGGGGACUGCCCACAGUGACUGACCCUGUCACACAUUGCUUGGCCUCCCAGGCCUGCCUUUGAGAUCUGAUGGGAAGCUCGGUGAGCCUGUAAUUCUUGCACACCUGCAAAACCAACACCACGUGGAUGUUUACAAGGUCUGUCGUUAGGGGUACCAGUAGCUGCACCCACUUGGAUCAUGGUUGCUGUGGCGUCUGCUCAGGCAGCAUUGCAAUAAAAUGAAUCUUGGGAAACAGCUUUCUGAGGGGCCCUGUGGCAGCAGAGUGCCUUGAUCCUCUUUUCUCAAAGCACAGUCUGUCAAGCCAGUUUACACUUAAAUGUUUAGCUUGUGAUUUGGUGGUGGUGGUGGUGGGAGAUCUGACCAGUUCCUGAGAGGCCUUCAAGGGAUCUUUUAUCUCUGUGCAAAUUACCUCCCCCUGCCCCGGCUGGUCUCAGAAUUGUGCCUCCUGCCUCAGUCUCUCAGGUGCUGAAAUUGUAGCAUGUACCACCAUACUUGGCCAAUACUUGCCUUUUUUUUUAUGGUGCUAAUUCUUCAGCAACCACACCUUCCUCAGUUCCAACUUUACAUGUACUUAUUUUCUGGACAGCCUAUACAUUUGUCAAAUCUUUCUGUUCUGCUUUUGCUCAUGAGUCUCACUACCAGCAAAUGGCUAAAAGCAGCCAGGAAUAUCACAGCCUGAAUUCUGUGUUGCCUUGAAAUUUCCUCCAAAAUGUUAAUGGCCCUAUUAACUUUAAAUUUAGCCUCCCAUGGAUAUUUAGGACAUGGACAAGAUAUAGGCAAGCUCCUUUACUCAGGAGUUGGGCCAGCCUGAGCUGGUGAAGUGGUUGCCACCAUGAAGUUAUUCAGAGCUCCAGGUUUAGCCAUUCCUUAUGAUGUUUUAUUUGAAUUGUCUAUACUGGGUGGGUGACUACACCCCUAUUUCAACCUGCUGAAAGGGAGAAGGAUGACAGUUCAGGUCAAGCAGAAUGUCUUACGUCAAGUGUGACUAGAAAAAUCACUUUUCCAUUUUUGUUGACAUAAACCGAGUAUAUGGCAAUACGUAGUUGUGCUCAGAAAUGUAAUUUCUGCCUGGUUUGUGUGCCUAGGAAAGGGAAAGAUUGGAUCACGAGAAGCAUAAGCUGCAUGAUAUUUAUGGAACAGUUUGACAGUACAGUAUCUUCUGUUCUCUUUUUAAACUUGAGGACCAGAGGAAAAAGUUUUCUAAAAGAGUAGAAACAAGGUGAGAGCGUUUAACUUACUUUGCCAAAUCUACCCACCUCGGGGACUGUCCCAAGAUGGCGGAACAAAGCUGUAUUGAGAUCACUUUAAUGUACUAGACAGGACUAGGCAUCAGAAAGCCCAAUUUUGGUUAUCCCUGUCAAUAAUGAAACCUGCUUAGUAUGUCUCUUGACUUCUUUGUCUACAAAAUGGAAAUAUAACAUGCACAGGAUAGUAUAUGUGCAGUGAAUAUUGUAGGUUUACAACAUUCUAGAAAGUACAAAAUCCCAAACAAUGCAAACUGUUAUUCAUAGGAGUUAAUUUUGGUCAAAGGACAUUCUCUGUCUUUUGAAAACAAGAAUAAAGAUUUACUUGAUGAAUAAAAACCAUGCCUUUUUCAAGGAGUUAUUUGAAAGAUUAUGGUAUCUUCAGUGCUGGAUUUCUUAAGAAUCUCCAAAUCAAAUAUCAGGAUAAUGAUAUAUAUUAACAAAUAUCAGGAUAAUGAUCCUUUCAGCUACAC